AUGGCAUCAGCUACGGACAAAUCCAUCGAUAGGCUAGUUGUUAAUGCUAAAACAAGAAGACGGAAUUCUUCCGUGGGGAAAAUUGAUUUAGGUGAUACAGUCCCCGGGUUUGCAGCCAUGCCUGAAAGCACUGCAUCUAGGAAUGAGGCCAAAAAGAGAAUGAUAGCUUUAACUGGGGACUCUAAGAAGGAUAGUGACCUACUGUGGAAAGUUUGGUUUUCAUACAGAGAAAUGAAUUAUCGUCAUAGUUGGUUAACACCAUUCUUCAUAAUUGUGUCCGUGUAUAGUGCGUACUUUUUAUCUGGGAAUAGAACAGAAUCCAACCCACUGCAUAUGUUCGUAGCCAUAUCAUAUCAGAUUGACGGCACAGACUCAUAUGCGAAGGGUAUUAAAGAUUUGAGUUUUGUGUUUUUCUACAUGAUUUUCUUUACAUUUUUACGUGAAUUUUUGAUGGAUGUUGUAAUUCGACCAUUCACGGUUUACUUAAAUGUUACUUCCGAGCAUCGUCAAAAGCGUAUGCUGGAACAAAUGUACGCUAUAUUUUAUUGUGGAAUUUCGGGGCCCUUUGGCCUUUAUAUUAUGUACCAUAGCGAUUUAUGGUUGUUCAAGACAAAACCAAUGUACAGAACAUAUCCUGAUAUAACCAAUCCGUUCUUGUUUAAGAUAUUUUACUUGGGUCAGGCGGCAUUUUGGGCACAACAAGCUUGUGUUCUUGUUCUACAAUUAGAAAAGCCAAGAAAGGAUUACAAGGAAUUGGUUUUUCAUCACAUUGUGACAUUAUUAUUGAUUUGGUCAUCAUAUGUUUUCCAUUUCACCAAAAUGGGAUUGGCCAUCUAUAUUACCAUGGAUGUGUCAGAUUUUUUCCUUUCUUUGUCAAAGACAUUGAACUAUCUGAAUUCUGUAUUUACACCCUUUGUGUUCGGCUUGUUUGUGUUCUUUUGGAUUUAUCUGCGCCAUGUCGUGAAUAUUAGGAUAUUGUGGUCUGUCUUAACGGAAUUUCGUCAUGAAGGAAAUUAUGUGCUAAAUUUUGCAACGCAACAAUACAAAUGUUGGAUUUCGUUGCCAAUUGUAUUUGUGCUAAUUGCAGCCUUGCAAUUAGUUAAUUUGUAUUGGUUGUUUUUGAUUCUUAGAAUCUUGUAUAGAUUGAUAUGGCAAGGUAUACAAAAAGACGAAAGAAGUGACAGUGAUUCAGAUGAGAGCGCUGAAAAUGAAGAAUCUAAGGAAAAAUGUGAAUGA